GAAAGCGAUAUUACUACUACAAUUUCGGUGUUUUCCAGCCGUCGGCAGUUAGUUUAUACUAGCUAGCUACACCAAGAAGCUUUCAAACUUCUUGAAGGUUGGCUACAGCAUCCUUAUUUUUGGGGCUUCAUUAAGAAGUUUGGACAUUUCUUGCUUGCAAAGAAGAGGGCCUGUGGAAGCGAUGGCGGAUUGGAAGCUACCAGUGAGCUACAACCCAUCCUACCAUGCCUUUGCCUAUGGUCUCAUGUACCAAACAGGGGCUGAGCAAAAUCAUCCCAACUUUUCYGGCUGGGCAGAGACCGUUUACAACUCUGGGGUAAGCGGCGGCUACCACCAGCAAGCGCAGCAGCAAGCUCAGCAUCAAUCCCCACCCAGGGAUCAAGAAGACAACAUUGGUAGUGGAAAUCCCCAAUACCCAGGUUCUGUCAUGUAUCUCGGCGACCCUCACAGCCAUACUCCGAGUGGACGCCUUUUAAUUUCCCACAACCGGACUCUGUUUGAUCAACCGCCGAAGGAGACCGACGGGCCAAGUAACUAUACUCCAAGCGAUCCAGUGUUGCACAGAUCACCAGGUAAUUCUUGGAGUUCAGAGAACAGCUAUCCUCAAACCAACCCUGCCACCUGGGUGAAAAAGGAGUUGGAAGAGGAGACGGAAAGUGGAAGCACAAAUAAUAGUGAGCAUGUCUCCAGCUCCUAUCCAGAGAACGCAAGCGUGCAAAUUCUGGGGAGUGAGGACAACGCCCCSCAGUCUUUGCCCGUGCCUCUCCCAGAGAAAGUGGACAAAGACACCCCCAAACAAAAAGCUCGGACUGCUUUUUCAACAGGCCAAAUGGAUGCCCUGACCCAUCGGUUUAACAUGCAGAGGUACCUCUCCCCUGCUGAGAUGAAGGCCCUGGCUGGACUGACGGGGCUAACUUACAAACAGGUUAAAACAUGGUUCCAGAAUCGCAGAAUGAAACUGAAAAGGCACCAGAAAGACAACAGCUGGGAAUCUGCUGGGUACCCAAACCCUGGCUACCCAAACCCUGGCUACCCUAUCAUGCCACCAAACCCUCAGUUUCAGGGAGAUGCCCAAACACAGAUUCAGGACCAUCACACCAACACUCAACAGUUCCAAGAGGCCAUGUUCAAGAAGAGCCCCCAGCAGAACCUGCCUUACUACACGGGUGGAUACCCUCAGCCAUCCUCCUCUCCCCCACAUCCCUCUGCAAGGCCCCUGGGCAACUGGCCCCCAGCCAUGACCCACUAA